AGCGUGUUGACAUCAAGAAGGUACGAUGUCAAUGACAUACAUUGACGUCCAGCUGCUUGAGGGACCGAAUGAGGCAGCCAUUGUUGUGCAAGCCUUCUAGAUUCUACAGCAUCGGGCUCGGCCACAUUGCAAUUAAUGUCAACAGAGUAAAAGGGCGGUCGCUUUGUCAAAAGGCUUUUGAAAACAACCAGCAGAUACAAAUCAAUUCUGCCCUCCAAUUGCUGAAUUGCUCACCCGUUACGCCAGUCACCGAGCAGAAUGAAAGCCUACGUUCUGAAGCAGUAUGGAGCCCCCGACGACGCCCUUGAGCUCAGAGAGAUUGAAAAGCCCAUCCCAAAAGAUGACCAAGUUCUGAUACGGGUCCGCGCGGCAGGCCUCAAUGCUGCUGACUGGCACCUUAUGAGGGGCGACCCGUACCUUGUCCGGCUCAUGUUGGGGGUAAGAAAGCCCAAAGCGGGCAUUGUUCUGGGGGGCGCUCUGUCGGGAGUGGUUGAGGCGGCUGGGAAGACGGUGACGUUGUUCCGCAAGGGGGACGAGGUGUUUGCAGAGAAUGACGUCAGUCUGCUGGGGGCAUUUGGAGAGUAUGUCUGCGUCCCCGAGAAGCUUCUGUGCACAAAGCCUUCCAACAUGACGUUUGAACAAGCAGCAGCUGUCCCCGUCUCUGCCCCAACUGCCCUCCAAGGGAUCCGUGACACUGCAAAGGUGCUUCCUGGUCAAAAAGUUCUCAUCAACGGCGCCUCGGGAGGCGUUGGAACGGCCGCGGUGCAGAUUGCCAAAGCAAUGGGAGCGGAGGUCACUGCCGUGUGCAGCACAAAAAACUUGGAGCUUGUUCAGUCACUGGGAGCCGACCAUGCGAUUGACUAUACCGUUGAGGACUUCACCAAGUCUGACAAGAAGUACGAUGUGGUCAUGGACAUCGUGACAACGCACCCCAUUGCAGCCUGCUGUCAAGUCUUGACUCCAAAAGGCAUCUACGUUGGAGCUGGGGGUCUCGGAAGGGGGGUCUGGAUAGGGAAAACGUGGGACCAUCUCAUGGCUAAGUUGAAUCCGUUCAACCGCCGAAGGAUUGCCAUAAUCAUCAACUUGGCAUCCAGCAAGUACCUCAACGACUUGAAAGACCUCAUUGAGGCUGAGAAGUUUGUGUCUCCCAUCGAGAAGAGCUACACAUUCGACCAGGUCCCAGCUGCUCUCAAGUACCUAGAAGAGGGGCAUGUUCGAGGUAAAGUGGUAGUGACCAUCUGACCUUGACUUGUAAGUGUUUAGUAUAAAGCCUGAUUGUCAAAUAAAGCUGAAGAUUGUUUGAAAAAGCUAGCGGCAUUGACUGACAUUACUGAUUUGAGCGAUCAGUCGUCAAAAAGACGAGUCACUGAAUUCAAACCUAUAGACGCACUUUCAAUGCAGGGUGGACACCGAAAUCAGAGGAAUAAGUCGACAUCAGUUGGGAUUGGUUGGGAUUGAUCACUGCAUAAACGGUUGAGUUGUUCACAGUUGGGUCAAUUAGGCAAAGUCAACAUUGUACGGUUCUGAAAGCAAAGCGAU